AUGUUUGAGGCCAAGCUCGCCAACUCCGGACUCCUGAAGAAGAUCGUCGAGUCGAUCAAGGAUCUCGUCACCGAUGCUCCAUUCGAUUGCUCCGAGACGGCGAUGAGUCUCCAAGCCAUGGACUCUUCUCACGUCGCGCUUGUCUCCCUCAAGUUGGAGGUCGGACUUUUCGACACCUACCGCUGCGACAGAACCAUCAACCUCGGAUUGUCUCUCGCCAACAUGUCAAAGGCGUUGAAGUGCGCCAACAACGAUGACACCUGCAUGUUGAAGGUAUUCUCUAUUUCACCUAUUUUUUUGCAGUACGAGGAGAACGAGGGAGACUCGAUCAUAUUCACAUUCGCCGAUCCAAAACGCGACAAGACUCAAGAUGUGACGGUGAAAAUGAUGGAUAUCGACAGCGAGCAUCUCGGAAUCCCAGAGCAAGACUACGCCGUCGUCUGCGAGAUGCCAGCCGCCGAGUUCCAGAAGACGUGCAAGGAUCUUGCCACCUUCUCGGACUCUCUGAACAUCACCGCCACCAAGGCCGGCAUCGUUUUCACCGGAAAAGGAGACAUCGGAUCGUCAGUGGUCACCUACUCACCAUCCUCCAACACUGACGAUGAGUCGGAAGCGGUGACUCUGGAGGUUAAGGAGCCUGUCAAUGUCAACUUCUCGAUCAAGUACAUGAACCAAUUCACCAAGGCUACCGCCCUCUCCGAUCGCGUUCGUCUGUCGCUGUGCAACGAUGUUCCAGUGGUUGUUGAGUAUCCAAUAGAGGAGAAUGGAUUCCUUCGCUUCUACUUGGCACCAAAGAUCGACGAUGAGGAGAAUAUGGAGUAA